AUGGAAACCACAUUUCCAGUCAUCAUGGACUCGACCGACCGCUCAAACAGCAGCGAUCUCGGUGGGCCGCAAAUGGUCAUCCAGCAGUAUGCGCGGUAUCCGGCGACUCUGGAAUCGACGCUGCAAAGUGCUUCCUCCCUAGGAAGUGCACGAAGCCAACUGGAUAUGGCCAAAUCCCCGCCGCUCCAGCGUAAGGGGACCCCGCGAAGCUUGCAUUCUUCCCCGAGGGGCAUGCGCUCGGCAAUACCGCCAUCAUCUGCUGUGCGUUCAGGUCCAUCCAUGUCCCCGCCACUUUUUGAUGCUCUUCGGCAUAGGCAGAUGAAAGAUCCUGCCGAUCAAGCAGAGUCCCGUGCGCUGCCGUCUCGGAAUGUUAGCGAUGAGACCAUUGAUGAUGCCUACGUAUUGUUCAUUCUUUAUUGCAACCCCAACGUCCCUUCUAAUGUCGAGACCUCGGAGCUGCGAAAGUGUUUUCGUUGCCCACCACGGAGCGAUGGCAAAAGCUUCAAUAUCUUCACUCUAUUUGAACUCAUUCGAAAGUUGGACAACAAGGAACUCAAGACUUGGAUUCAACUAGCCAUUGAGUUGGGUGUCGAGCCCCCUUCGAUUGAGAAAAAGCAGAGUACGCAAAAGGUUCAGCAGUAUGCUGUUCGACUUAAGCGCUGGAUGCGUGCCAUGCAUGUCGAUGCCUUUUUUGAAUUCUGCCUAGAUCACCCGCAUCCUUACUAUACACACCUUCCACCGUCCGGUCCAUUCGUGACUGACUCCCGUGAUGGUGUUCCAUUGGAAGAGGAUCUUGCCCUCAGGGCCCUAGUUCCACAAUGGAAGCCCAAGCGUGGUAGGAAAAGAGCCGAUGAAAGAGAGCUUGACGAUGAAAAAGCCUAUAAGCGCCCUCAGUUAGACACUUCAGUCGGUGGUCUUCAUCAGGGUUCGUUUCAGGCAAAUUCUGUCAUUUUCCCGCAAAGCGCCAUUCCAUUCAGUGCAUUCCCCGAAGACAUGGAGUCUAACGAUCCAUGGAUGACUGCUGCGUCCUCGUUUCCACCGGGUGGGGGGCCGGCACCAGAUCAACAGGGGCAAGACCUGCGUUGGAGACUUCCCGACCGGGAAGCAUCUCCGGCAAACUAUCCACAAUCAGCUAUCGUUCCACGACAGUCGUCUGAUAUUCUCAUGUCUUCCGAACCGCGAUCUGCAGUCACGCCAUCAUCUGGGGAGAAAAGUCGCGCCAGAAGAAGACAUGGUCCAGCGGUUUCAUCAGCCUGGCCAAAUAGCAAUGGCUCAUCAACCGGAAAAAGUCGAGGAAGACCACCAAACAAAGGAUCCACGUCUGGAUCCUUUUCUACAUUCCAGCUCAAUUCAAGCCAAGAGUCUCCCCAAGUCCCUAACUCCGUCGUUCCAUCCGAGUCUCAUGUACUUGACCGGCAACCACCGAAUCCCAUGCCAAACUCUUCUUAUAACCAGUCGCCCACUCCUGCGAACCAUGGAAGGCCAGGCAAGCUCCAGCUUCAGGUUCCUCAACAUCCUGGAGCCCCUGUUCGACUCGCUACACCUCCAACACUCCAGUUAAAUGGUGUCAAUGGCGCUGUCAUUUCCGGCUCAGAAGAUGGCAACGGGCCACAUGAGGCCGAUGGAUCAAGUAGCCAAACUACAGUUGCAGCAAAUCGAAUCACUGAUUCCCAUGAGCACAAUCCAAGACGAAUUUUGGACAUUUCUAUCAACGAUCUUGUGUGCGGCCUGACUGUCGAGCUGCUGCGUGCUCGCCUUAUUGGACGAGCAGCUGCUCUCAGUCCUGACGAGGCCCGGGCUGUUGCAUCGCAGAUGGUAGCGGAUAUAUCCGUGUUGCAUUCCUCAUUACCACAUGGACCGCAUUCGAACUCCAUGUUGGCUUUCCACCUGGGCAUGGGCCAUCAUUUUGGGAUACUUCGCGCUAAUCCAGGCUCAAUGGUUGUUAAAAUCGAUCCUCCCUGCAGAAAUACCAAUGUCGGGGGUGCAGCCACUGGCUCGAACCGCCAUGCGGGGAGGGCACGAUAUACCGUAUCCUAUGAUUACAAUCUGUAUCAUGACUCGUCGAUGCAAAUAAUUAUUGGAGUGUUUGAGCCUGAUGCUUGGGCUCUCGAUCCGCAGCACCAGCCAGUUGAGGCUGCGGAUCCCGCACAUGAUGUCGAAAACGACCCUGCUGAUUUCGAGCUUGAGGAUGACGAGGGCAGCCAUACUGUUUCUGAAGCAACAUGGAAACAACGUUACAUGAAGCUUCGGGCGCAGAUGCAAAAGAAAGACCGAUCCUUGGCACAAUACAAACGCAAUAUUGUUGAAUCGGUCAUGGCUGAUAUUUGA